AUGUUCGAGAACAAGUCGUUCACCUUGUUGGUGGCCGUCAUCGGUCUUCUCUGGUUCGCUCGUCCCGCCGCCGCCUUCGGUGCUGGUAACAUUGCUGGCAUUUCCAAGAUCGAGGGGCAGAACUGGCGCCACGGAGAUAUUGAAGAUGCCCUCCUAAAGCUUACUAUGGCGACGGCCUUUGGCGGCAAGAAGUUCAGCAAGCACAACGUUGCCCGCGUCUACUUUGGUAACUGGCUGAGGGACUAUUCCCAGGCCAUCGACGUCGGUACCGUCAAGUCCGUUUCUGCCGAAGCCAUCCGACUCCUCCUCUGCGUCCUCGGAUUCAUGACUUUUGGUUUUGGCUCCAAGGAAUUUGAAGUUACUGCUGAGCGACUUGGCUGCUACCGCCCCGAGGAACAUAUUGACAACCCCAAGAACUACGCCGAUAAUGUGGAUGCUCGCCAAUACCAUAGGGCCUUGCGUGGACCCGUCGACGAGCAGGUCGAGCUUGGCAUCGAUCGUGAGACGGGAAUGAAGAAUUACAUUGCUAACGAGCGCGCCGGCAUCCAAACAUCGGCAGGCCUGGUCCGGGACCUGAUCACGCGAUGCGUCAGACUCGGCAGGAGCUACGCUCGUAGCGGAAACAAGGAUGAGCGAAAUGAGUCCCUUCGCCUCCUAGGAACUGCCCUGCACUGUCUUGAGGAUUACUUCGCGCACAGCAACUAUGUCGAGCUAGCCCUCGCCGAACUUGGCGAGCGCGAUGUUUUCCCUCACGUCGGCCGAAACACGCAGGUCCGAGUUAAUGGCGCCCGCGGUGAAGUUUGGCCCAUUGUUACCGGCACAUUCGGAGGUGUCGACUUCCUUCAUUCCGUCACUGGCGAGGUCUCCGAUAAACUCACCCAGAACGAAAUUGAGGAGCUUCAGGGCACCCUACAGCAGAGCACCAAGGCUGACACCAGCUUCUUGCGGGAGCUCCUUGACAAGAUUCCCGAUGGCGUUUUUGGUGGACAGCAUCAGAGUAGCAAAGUUGAUGAGUUCCAGCAAAACGCCACCAACGCGCAGAUGCAGAACAUGAACGUGUCUCCAAGGGAGCCCGAGGAGUACACCAGGUAUGUCCAGAACAUGUUCCGACAGAUCAUGCCCGUCAUUGAGUGGCACGACGACCUCAUGAAGAACAUUUCAAACGCCAUGGAGAGGAUUCCAGUUCUGCCCAAGAUCCUCGAGCAGCUAGAGGAGCAGCUGUCCAUGUUCAUCUUCUCCAUCAUUGCACCUUUUAUCCUUCCCAUUAUCCAGCAGAUUGGAGCCGAGCUCAAAACUGGAUCGGAGGAAAUCAUUGAAAGCAGUCAAAAGGAGCAGCACAUUGUCUUCAACGACUCCAACUCGACCGAUCCUACCCACUCUAUGCUUUCCAAGGAUCACUUCUCCAACAUCCUCAACGAGGUUGCCGGCCGAGCGGCCGCUUACGUGGUGACCUGGGUCGUCCCGCAGAUCAUGGAGGCUAUUGACAACGAGAGUGUUAAUGUCAACAGCCUGAUUGAUACCAUAGUUGGAGGUGUCCUCCAUCACCCUGCUCAGCGAGACAUGGCUCGCGGUGGGGCCGCUGAGGGUAGGAAACUUCUCUUCAAGUGUGUCGAGGACUGGUGGAGAGAGCAAGGUCGUCGCCAAGACGAGUACCGCCGCAAGCUUUCUAGGGAGGGUGUUCGCAAUGGAGAGAACCACAAGGAGGGCGUCACCGACACUGGUCAUGGUCACGGCUGUACCGGUAAGCUCAAGAUGCGCAAGCAGUUUGGCGAAGAAGAGACUUGGGAGGACAAGGUCGCCGGAAAGGUCGCGGACAAUAUCCUCAGCGGUGCCACGGGCGCAUUCUCCAGCAUUAUCCAGCAGCAGACGGGUGUCAAGAUCCCCAGCUACGAGCCACCGGCCUCCCAGAAAGAGGAUAGCGGUAUCGGCGGUAUCCUCGGCGCCGCGAGCUCUUUCCUUGGCCUCGGAGACAGCAACCAAGGCUCGUCGUCGAGCCGCCGGAAUGACGAUCAGGGCUAUACCCAGAGCCAGUCGAGCUUCCGGCGCGAAGACGAGGGUGGCUACGUGGCUUCGCACUCGACCCAGCGCCACGACAAUGACGGCAGCUACGGCCGGACGCAGACCACGCAGCGCUACGACGGCAGCGGCGGCUAUAGCCAGACCCAGAGCAGCCAGCGAUAUGAUUCUGGCGGCGGUCGACAGGAGUCUCAGUCCAGCAGCUACUACCAAUCCUUCUCCGGCGGCAACAAUGACAACGAUCGCCGGGGCGGUGGUCAGGGUCGUCGCGAUGACGACGACAAUCGUCACGGUGGCGGCUACGGCCGUCGCGAUAACGAUGACAACCGCCAGGGUGGCGGCUACGGCCGUCAGGAAGAAAGCCAAUCUUACGGUGGACGUCAAGGAGGUGGCUAUGGUGGCCAAGGAGGUGGUUACGGUGGUAGGGAAGAGCAAUCGUACGGCGAGCGCCAGCACGGAGGCCGCCAAGAACAAUCCUACGGUGGCGGAUAUCAACAGGGUGGCCACCAGGGUGGGGUGGGCGCCGAGACCGCAGCCGGGACCGUAGCCGUGACAGGGACUCGGACGACGGCCGAGGCCACGGCCACCGGGGACAGCAGGAACAUGGGCGCCGGGGAUGGUAGGUAUCCCCCAGGCAACGAUGUUAGCCUGGGAAGUGAGACUGGACAAGAAAGUGAAGCCACCGAGACCAUUGAGCAGUUUGAUAACGGGGAAGACGGAGAGGAGCGGGAAGUGGGGGAAGAGAAUGAGGGGAGCGAAGAUAGCAGCGUUGGAGAAGAGACGCCGGAGGAGGGGUCUGGAGAAGAGGCUGAAGAGGCCGAAGAGGCUGAAGAAGGUGGGGAUGGGGCGGAAGCGGAAGACGAAGAUGUCGAGGCGGCAGAGGAAGAGGUGGUAGAAGAAGUCGAGGAGGAGGCCGAGGAAGUCGAGGAAGCCGAAGAGGAAGUUGAGGAGGAAGUUGAAGAGGAGGCGGAGGAGGAAGUUGAAGAAGAAGCUGAGGAGGAGGCGGAGGAAGAAGUCGAGGAAGAAGUUGAAGAGGAAGCUGAAGAGGAAGCGGAAGAGGAAGUUGAGGAAGAAGCUGAGGAGGAGGUAGAAGAGGAAGCGGAAGAGGUAGAAGAGGAAGAGGUAGAGGUAGAAGAGGAAGUUGAGGAGGCAGAGGAGGAGGCGCAAGAAGAAGCAGAGGAAGCAGAGGAAAAGGCGGAAGAAGGCGGCGAAACAGAGCAACGGGGUGGAUGGUGGUAG